AGGAAGAGAUGAGGUUAGACGUCAGGAACGCCCAUGAAAGCGAGUCAAGUGCACGUCGAUUGUCUUGGGUUUGCGUUAGUUUUCGAGACACACAGGAAACACUACAAUUCGUUAUCUGGACGGUAAAUUUCUGAAUGAAAAUCGAGUGAACGGACGGACGGCGGUAAUCAUAUGACCGAGUGACUGGAGUCAUACUUCCCCAGACGAUCUUUGGAAAGUGAAAGUGAAAUCAAAAUUCUUCGCAUUUGGGUUCGUUUCACCGUCACUGAAGGCUGUGAGAGGAGGAGAGCUAAAUAAAGCGUCUGAAGAGGGAACGGACACACCAGCUGGGUCACGGGCUGAGUUCCAUCUACAGUGAGUUUCUUCAGAAGAAGGAGCUGAGCUCAGCUGGAAGCUCCACUCACAAACAUGGACACAAGUCAGACCAGAGAGCUGCUCCCAGGUGUGGACAGAGAGGAAGAAGCUCCUCCCUCUAAAGCCCUUCUGGGUGAGGACCAUGGCAGCCAGACCAGAGCUCAGAGAUCAAAGCCACUCACAUCAGAAGCUGCUGGACGAGCACACGGACCUGGACCCGCUCCCAACUGUGAGUCUCUGAAGAGUGACAGGUCUAUGGGAAGAGAUAUUAACUUCAGAGGAGGACAGGACCAUCAGAGGAGGAGCAGGUUUAAUCAGGAGAAACUGGACUCUGAACUCACCUGUGAGUCUCUGAAGAGUGACAGGUCGAUGGAUCUUCUCAUUGAUUUCAAAGGUGGACAAGAGCCUUCAGGAGAGAGAGAGGAUCAGCAGGUCUCAGAUGUUUUCAGUCUCCAGUGUGUCCAGCAGCAUCAGACAGAUCUGGACUUCACACUUCAGCUGCUUGAGGAGACUGUCAUGACCCUGGUGAAGAAGGAAGUGAGGAGAGUCCAAAGGUUCCUCAGUCCAGAUGAUCCCAAAUACCAGGAUGAUGAGGAAGAGGUGAAGGUGAAGUGUGAUGAGGAGCAGAUGUGGAGCAGCAGAGAAGCUUUCCUGGACUUCAUCAUGAACCUCCUGAGGAGCAUGGAGGAGGAGGAGCUUGCUGAUCGUGUGUGGAGCAGAAGCCGUGCUGCAGCGUGUGCAGGACGACUGAAGAGGAGCCUGCAGAAGAAGUUCCACAGUGUGUUUGAGGGGGUGGCUAAAGCAGGAAACUCUGCCCCUCUGAAUCAGAUCUACACAGAGCUCUACAUCACUGAGGGGGGCACAGACCAGGUCAACCAGGAGCACGAGGUCCGACAGAUCGAAGCAGCAACCAGGAACCAGACCAGAGCAGAAACUACCAUCAGACUAGAAGACCUCUUUAAAGCUUCACCUGAGAGAGAGGGAUCCAUCAGGAGCCUGCUGACGAAAGGCGUGGCUGGCAUUGGGAAGACCCUCCUGACCCAGAAGCUGACUCUGGACUGGGCUGAAGACAAAGCCCACCAGAACUUCCAGCUCAUGUUUCCUUUCACCUUCAGAGAGCUGAACCUGCUGAAAAAGAAGCAGUUGAGUUUGGUGGAACUUGUUCAUCGCUCCUUUCCUGAAACCAAAGACUCAGGACUCAGCAGCUUUGAAGGAGUCCAGGUUCUGUUCAUCUUGGACGGUCUGGACGAGUGUCGACUCCCUCUGGACUUCAACAGUCGGGUCCUGACAGAAGCUACAGAGUCCACCUCAGUAGACGUCCUGCUGACCAACCUCAUCAGGGGGAAGCUGCUUCCCUCAGCUCAGCUCUGGAUGACCACACGACCUGCAGCAGCCAAUCAGAUCCCUCCUGAGUGUGUGGACGUGGUGACAGAGGUCCGAGGGUUCACUGACCUCCAGAAGGAGGAGUACUUCAGGAAGAGGUUCAGAGAUGAGGAGCAGACCACCAUCAUCUCUCACAUCAGGAGCUCACGAAGCCUCCACAUCAUGUGUCACAUCCCCAUCUUCUGCUGGAUCACUGCCACAGUUAUGGAGGACAUGUUGAAGAGCAGAGAGAGUGGAGAGCUGCCCAAGACCCUGACUAAGAUGUACAUCCACUUUCUGGUGGUUCAGGCCAAAGUCAAGAAGCUCAAGUACCAUGGAGGAGCUGGGACAGACACAGUUUGGGACCCUGAGAGCAGGAAGAUGAUUGAAUCUCUGGGAAAACUGGCUUUUGAGCAGCUGCAGAGAGGAAACUUGAUCUUCUAUGAAACAGACCUCACAGAGUGUGGCAUCGACAUCACAGCUGCUGCACUUUACUCAGGAGUCUUCACACAGAUCUUCAGAGAGGAGACAGGACUGUACCAGGACAAGGUCUUCUGCUUCAUCCACCUGAGUCUCCAGGAGUUUCUGGCUGCUCUUCAUGUCCACCUGACGUUCUUCAACUCUGGAGUCAAUCUGCUCCAUUCACAGCAAACAUCUGUACUGAUAAGAAUCUUUAGAAAGAAUGUUCAUCCUGAACAGUUCUACCAGAGAGCAAUACAUGAAGCUGUAGAAAGUCCUACUGGACACCUGGACUUGUUCCUGCGCUUCCUUCUGGGUCUUUCUCUGCAGAGCAGCCAGGGUCUCCUUCCAGGUUUGUUGCCACAGACAGGAAGUAGCUCAUGGACCCAUCAAGAUACAGCAGAGCUCAUCAAGAAGAAGAUAAGUGAGAAAGUGUCUCCAGAGAGAAUCAUCAAUCUGUUCCACUGUCUGAGUGAAGUGAAGGACACUUCUCUAGUGGAGCAGCUUCAACAGCAGCUGAGAUCAGGACGUCUCUCCACAGAGCAACUGUCUCCUGCUCAGUGGUCCACCCUGGCCUUCAUCUUGCUGUCCUCAGAGGACGAUCUGGAGGUGUUUGACCUGAAGAAAUACUCUGCUUCAGACAAGGCUCUUGACAGGCUGCUACUGGUGGUCCAAGCUUCGAAAGCUGUUCUACUGAGAGACUGUCAGCUGUCAGAGAGAAGUGGUUCCCUUCUGUCCUCAGUCCUCAGCUCUCCGUCCUCUCGUCUGACACAACUGGACCUGAGCCACAACUACAUGUAUGAUUCAGCACUGAAGCUGCUGUGUGCUGGACUGAAGAGUCCACACUGUCACCUGGAGACUCUCAGCCUGAGCAGGUGUGGACUUUCAGAGAGAAGUGGUUCCCUUCUGUCCUCAGUCCUCAGCUCUCCGUCCUCUCGUCUGACACAACUGGACCUGAGCUACAACUACGAGCUGAAGGAUCCAGGAGUGGAGCUGAUGUGUGCUGGAUUGAAGGGUCCACACUGUCACCUGCAGACUCUCAGCCUGAGCUGGUGUGAUCUGUCAGAGAGAAGUGGUUCCCUUCUGUCCUCAGUCCUCAGCUCUCCGUCCUCUCGUCUGACACAACUGGACCUGAGCCACAACAAUCUGAAGGAUCCAGGAGUGGAGCAGCUGUGUCCUGGACUGAAGAGUCCACACUGUCACCUGGAGACUCUCAGCCUGAUCAGGUGUGAUCUGUCAGAGAGAAGUGGUUCCCUUCUGUCCUCAGUCCUCAGCUCUCCGUCCUCUCGUCUGACACAACUGGACCUGAGCCACAACUACGAGCUGAAGGAUCCAGGAGUGGAGCUGCUGUGUGCUGGACUGAAGAGUCCACACUGUCACCUGGAGACUCUCAGCCUGAGCAGGUGUGAUAUGUCAGAGAGAAGUGGUUCCCUUCUGUCCUCAGUCCUCAGCUCUCCGUCCUCUCGUCUGACACAACUGGACCUGAGCCACAACUACGAGCUGAAGGAUCCAGGAGUGGAGCUGCUGUGUGCUGGACUGAAGAGUCCACACUGUCACCUGGAGACUCUCAGACUGAGCGGGUGUUUGCUGUCAGAGAGAAGUGGUUCCCUUCUGUCCUCAGUCCUCAGCUCUCCGUCCUCUCGUCUGACACAACUGGACCUGAGCUACAACAUCAACCUGAAGGAUCCAGGAGUGGAGCUGCUGUGUGCUGGACUGAAGACUCCACACUGUCACCUGGAGACUCUCAGCCUGAUCAGGUGUGAUCUGUCAGAGAGAAGUGGUUCCCUUCUGUCCUCAGUCCUCAGCUCUCCGUCCUCUCGUCUGACACAACUGGACCUGAGCCACAACAAUCUGAAGGAUCCAGGAGUGGAGCAGCUGUGUGCUGGACUGAAGAGUCCACACUGUCACCUGGAGACUCUCAGCCUGAUCAGGUGUGAUAUGUCAGAGAGAAGUGGUUCCCUUCUGUCCUCAGUCCUCAGCUCUCCGUCCUCUCGUCUGACACAACUGGACCUGAGCUACAAUUACGACCUGAAGGAUCCAGGAGUGGAGCUGCUGUGUGCUGGACUGAAGAGUCCACACUGUCGCCUGGAGACUCUCAGCCUGAUCAGGUGUUUCCUGUCAGAGAGAAGUGGUUUCCAUCUGUCCUCAGUCCUCAGCUCUCCGUCCUCUCGUCUUACACAACUGGACCUGAGCCACAGCUACGAGCUGAAGGAUCCAGGAGUGGAGCUGCUGUGUGCUGGACUGAAGAGUCCACACUGUCACCUGGAGACUCUCAGACUGAGCAGGUGUCAGCUGUCAGAGAGAAGUGGUUCCCUUCUGUCCUCAGUCCUCAGCUCUCCGUCCUCUCGUCUGACACAACUGGACCUGAGCCACAACUACGGUCUGAAGGAUCCAGGAGUGAAGCUGCUGUGUGCUGGACUGAAGAGUCCACACUGUCACCUGGAGACUCUCAGCCUGAGCUGGUGUUUCCUGUCAGAGAGAAGUUGUUCCCUUCUGUCCUCAGUCCUCAGCUCUACGUCCUCUCGUCUGACACAACUGGACCUGAGCCACAACAUCUUCCUGAAGGAUCCAGGAGUGGAGCUGCUGUGUGCUGGACUGAAGAGUCCACACUGUCACCUGGAGACUCUCAGUCUGUCAGGUUGCAGGAUCUCAGAGAGCGGCUGUGCUUUUCUGGCCUCAGCUCUGACCUCUAACCCCUCCCAUCUGAGAGAACUGGACCUGAGCUUCAACCAUCCAGGAGGACCAGGACUGGAGCUGCUGUCUGCUGGACUGGAGAGUCCAGACUGGAGGCUGGAGACUCUCAGGCUGGAUCACUGUGGACCACAGAGGUUAAGAGCUGGAGUGGAGAGAUACUUCCGUCCACUCUCACUGGACCCAGACACAGCUGACCGGCGCCUCCUGCUGUCCAACAACAACAGCAUGGUGGAACUAGUGACGGAGGAUCAGGAUUAUCUGGACCAUGACGACAGGUUUGAGCGGUGUCCUCAGGUGAUGAGCAGAGAUGCUGUGACUGGUCCCUGUUACUGGGAGCUGGAGUGGAGAGGAAGAGUUUCUGUGGCAGUGACUCUCAGGAGAGACGGAGGGAAGGAAGACGAGUCUGAGUUUGGACGGAACCAUUAUUCCUGGAGUCUGAGCUGCUCUGAUGAUGCUGGAUAUAAAGUCUGUCACAAUAAGAGAGAAACUGUCAUCGAGAGCUCAGAAGUCUCUCACAGACUUGGAGUGUUGCUGAACUGUCCUCCUGGAUUUUUGGGAUUCUUCAGAGUCUCCUCUGGAGUCCAGACUCACCUCUGCGCCUUCCCCACCCCCACUGAACCUCUGUACCUGGGAUUUGGACUCGGAGAGGUUCCUAGUUCUGGUUCCUCUGUGUGUGUGUGUGACCUGAGUGUGUGAGUGUGUUCCUCCAACAAACUGGUGUUGCUGGUUCAAAUCCCCAUCCAAACUGCAGACAGUGAGGAAUGAAAUCAAAUUUAAGAGGUGGUUGAAAACAUUUUCCCGCCACUUAAAGUGAAUAGAAAAUCUGGAUUCCCCUCUGGAUCUUUGUCUUUUCCCACCAAGAUUCCCCACUGAAAGGAUUAGAAUGGUAGCAGUAAGGAAGCGUGCAGCUGAGCUCCUCAGUGGAUCAGCAACCGUAACUGUAUGAAUAACAGUCGAAGCUUUCGUCGAAGGCUGUAAAUAUGUAAAUAAAGUGUUAUAAAAUAUGUGUCACAUCAAUGGAAGAAGUUGCUGAUCACGACAAAUCAAAGCAUCUCAAUUAAAAUUAUAAAUACAUUGGAGAUCAAAUCAUGCCUAAUAACUGCAGACUGUGAAGAUAAAAACUGAGAAUAUACCUACCUAAGGGGGUUCAAACAAUUCAUCAAUUAGUGAGAAUGGAAGAUUUGAGCACACAAGUAAUUAUUAAGAGUGUACCAGAUACAGUCGUGUGAUCACUGCAGAAGGAAUUAAAGCAGACUCGAAGAAGGAUGAAGCUAUUUGCAAAGCCCUGAGGACAUACAACUGCUCCGUUCUUUCCCAGGCACUUGUGGAUUUCUGAUGAAAUUCAUACCAAAUGAACACACCAUCCGCUCCUGUGGGAGGUUUGACUGGAAAACCUACACAAACGUAUCCAAACAUCAGUCACGUGAGCUCUUCUUCUCUCGUGUGAAUUCACCAUCAUUAUUGUUCACUUCCUCUUGUUUCAGUCCCAGAGUGAAGGUGGUGAUUGUCCUGAAGUCUGGAUGUGGCUGACCACAGUGUUUUUUUGUUGCAGCCAAAAUAAUGCUGAAGAAGCUCAGAUGAUGCCAAGUCUGAAACAGUGUGUGUGGAUAUUGCGGUUGCAAAAUCGAAGGCUGGUUCUUCAUGGGGAAAUGAAUGGAGACAAACAUGUUUUUAUUUACCUCUUCAGGGGAAAAUCCACAAACCCAGAAGAAUUCAGCACCUAGUCAGUCAAAAGUGCAGGGACUUUCUAAAGUGUUUGGAUGCAAACAUGCAGAGGAUUGUUUGAGAUUCCCAUGUUACACUGGAGGCGCAGGGACUUCAGUUCACGUGACAUUUAGAGGCGGACGUUUUGGACGAUGAUGCUCUGCAGGAAGAGCCCAUUGACUGAGCAGAAGUACAGAGCAUUGCUUGAAGGAAGACGUGCAUCUUUAAUGGGAUGUUUUGGACUGGCUUUUUUCACUCUUUGUGGCGACUUUGUGGAGGAUUUUGGAUGAGUGGGGCUGAGAGACGGGGAAUAUUGAACCCAACAUUCCUGUUUGUCUUUAUCCAUGAAACGAGUCGUUCAAAUGUGUUCUGUUGGACUCACAAAUACAUGUGUUGAAAUAAUGGAUAGAUUUUGUCUGGAUGUUUUAUCAGUUGUUUAUAUUUAUGCUUGGAUCCCUAAAUUACAAUUACAAUAUUAUCCCGUGCAAAGUUUCCUAUAUGGAAUCAUGUCUUUUAAUUUUCAUAAUUGUUCAGACCUUCUUUUAGAUCAACUGUAUUUCAGAGUUGGAGCAGCAACAGCGCCAUCCUGCGGUGGCUGUGAAAGCGAGUAGAGCGCUUCACUUCUUCCACAUGCGAAGCUGAGCAGCUCAACUCAGGUGUGUAGUUUGGCAGCUCCGCGGAUAAUUCAAUUUGCCGGUCCUUUAUUGUUGUUGUUGUGGUGUGUGGGAUGCAGAACAUAUUCCCGCUCCAUUUUGUUGUGGGCUCCCUCGCUGUUUGGCUUUUGUUGGCAUCAUUUCGAGCCGUUUAGUUGAUGUUUCGGUGGCUAGUUCACAGUUAGCUGUCGUGUGGUGUGCUGCCGCCAAUUUACACGUUUCAUGUUUCGUCAUCUUGGAGCUGAGUUGAGUUGAACAUUACUGUGUUUUCUGUCUCGCAACAGGUGUGUGUUUGUGUCUCGCAGUGUUUUUCUUAUUUUGUAAAAAGGACAUUUUAAUUUUAAGUUUAUUGCGAGCAAUGUGUGAAAAAAAAUACUGUGUGAAAAGAAAGAGGAACAACACGGUCACGUUUGUUUAUUUUCCAUUUGCUCAGCUGCAGUGGCCCAGUCUACUUUUCUGCAGUGGGUACAGUCUGGUACUUCUUCCACAGCCACCUCAUGUUGCUGACCUCAGGAGCACCGUCACACUCACUGGUCCAUGGCACAGAGUGAUGGGUUAUGUGCUGUCAACUUACUACAGAAAAUGACAUUGACGUAACUUCACAGUCAUCACACUUGGACCAUGAACCGAACGAUUGAAUAUAAGUGACUGCACAGGAAGGUGGAACUUCCUAGAACUGGAGCAACUACAAUUCUUUCCAAAUGUCUUCAAGUUCUGGCUUCUGAGGUGCACACUGCCUCCUGGCUUGUGUGGCAGAGCCACGGCUUUUCAGCCACGUCAGCACCUAUUUCCUCGUCUCAGAAACUGCAUCAACGGGGAGCCAUGAAAACAUGCAUGAAAAAAUACAUUUGCAGACCAAUGGCAAAUGGCAUCAUCUUAUGGGAUGGCUGUUCUCAAAUUCCCUCACCUGACAAUCUGCUGCUAACAUCAGGCUGGUUGUUCUCACCAAUGGCACAGUUGCAGCAUUAUUAGGAUCCCUACUACUGGGGACAGCGUUUUCCUCACCAGGCUCAUCCUGAGCUCCUCCAACUGCUUCUGCUGCAGGACUUAUGCUCCCUGAAACAGUAGCAGGAUAAACCACCUGGUAGUUAUCGCCACUCCUGGUGUCCUUCCAACACCUUCCUCCACUGCUUGUGUAUUCCUGACGCUCGGCUGCAGCUGUGUGGAGGCACA